UCUUUGGUGGGUAAGUCGGACCCAUUUCACUGCGACACCUGCUUUAUUCUGUCCACCAUUAACAACGGACGGACCUGUCAGAAAAGAACGAAUGAGCAAAGACAGGUCUGGACCAGAACAUCCGUCUAUCGCUCACCAUGAAACAGGGUGGUCUCGUGGACGACACGGAGGAUGUGGAGUUGGAUUUCAGUACCGAGGAGGAGGAGCAGAGAGCGCUCAGGGGAGCAAAGAUCCGACACCCCCUCGCCUCCUUCCUGCACCUGUUCUUCCGAGUGGCUGCCAUAGUAACCUACCUGCUCUGUGAUUGGUUCACCAAGAGCUUUACUUCCUGCUUCAUUAUGAUCAUCACUCUGCUGUCCUGUGACUUCUGGUCCGUUAAGAAUGUGACAGGCAGGUUGUUGGUGGGUCUGCGAUGGUGGAACCAGAUCGACGAGGAUGGGAGGAGCCUCUGGGUGUUUGAGGACAGCAAGUCCUCUCCCCAGGCCGGUGGUACGGAGGUGGAGGCCAGGAUCUUCUGGUCGGGUCUGAUCAUCUGUCCUCUCAUCUGGACCUGGUGCUUCUUCUUCACCACCCUGUUCUGUCUGAACGCAGACUGGCUGGUGUUGGUGGUAGCCAGUAUCUCUCUCCAGGGGGCUAAUCUCUAUGGUUACCUGCGCUGCAAGAACAGGCGGACAGGAAGUCCCCCCACAUCCCCUUCCUCCUUCCUGCAGGGACAGCACUUCCUCCAGCGGCCUGACAUCAUCUCCAGAAUGCUGUGAUGGAAUCACCUGCAGCUACCGUCUCUGAGUGUGUGUGUGUGUGUGUGUGUGUGUGUGUGUGUGUGUGUGUGUGUGUGUGUGUGUGUGUGUGUGUGUGUGUGUGUGUGUGUGUGUGUGUGUGUCUGUGUGUAUCUGUGUGUAUCUGUGUGUGUCUGUCUGUGUCUGUGUGUCUGUGUGUGUGUGUGUGUGUGUGUGUGUGUGUGUGUGUGUGUGUGUCUGUGUGUAUCUGUGUGUAUCUGUGUGUGUCUGUCUGUGUCUGUGUGUCUGUGUGUGUGUGUGUGUGUGUGUGUGUGUGUGUGUGUGUGUGUGUGUGUGUGUGUGUGUGUGUGUGUGUGUGUAUCUGUGUGUGCGUGUAUCUGUGUGUGUGUGACAGACAGGGCAGGAAAUGUUCUGGAUCUCAGAAGGGGACAGAAGCCCACUCCCGACAUCAAAGCUCCUGGAAUCAGUUUCAUAUUCAGCAUUUUAA